AUGGCCGAGGAAAUCGAUCGUGGAUUAGGGUUAGGGUUUUUGAGCAGAGCUUGGUCUGUGGGAUGGGAUUACAUGUGGAAUUACGCUUGGAGAAAAGGAGGGAUCGAUUACGGUGAGAUGUAUGGUGCGAUUGGUGAUCUCAAUGAGCUUAUGGGUUUAGUGACUGAGUUUAAUCGAGCUGAAUCGAAUUCUGAUAAAGCUAGCUCUGUUGCUCGGAGUUAUGGUAAAGCCCUUCGUGUUUCGAAACGAUUGCUUCGUCGUCUUCUCAGUAUCUUUGGUAAAUCGGGUGCAUUGAGGGAGUUUUGGGAGAUGGUGCAAGCUGAAGUAGUUGAUGGAGAGUUGUUACAAGACUGUCUCGAAGUGGGAAGCAAGGACGUUAAGAGUUUGCUUCAAAUCGCAAAGGACAUGGCUCUACAAUACUUUUCUUCUCGAAGCCGUUCCUCAGAUGAACUAUAA